AUUACAUUUUACAGCCCCAAGGGUGUAGGAGCUUUACUCCGCUCAUCUUCUCCCAAGUUCUCAUCAGUUCUGUAUGAGAUAUGAGUAUAUGGACUGCAGCCUGGAAAGCACAAGAAGGGUCUGGAACCCCUGAUUCAUCCAAACCAGAGGGGAUUGCGAGAACUGUUCAUUUGUGCAAGAAUGCAGGCCUUAUACAUGUGAGCAACAUCAUUUAUUACAAAGGAACAUGGAAUGAAUACAGGGCUACGGCAAUGUCACAAGACCUUUGACCUUUCUUUAAGGAUUACACAGAAGCCCCCCCUCCCAGUCUCUAUGGCGAUUGUUGUCUCUGAGAGGCCAGGGCUACACAGGGUGGUGUUGCUGUGCCUCACACUCCUAUCACCCGAGUCAGGGGCUCUCCAGCCAGCCCGAGCCCCUCUGCUUCCCGGGCAACCCUUCCUGGUGCUGUGGGGCGUCCCCGAUGCCCUUUGCCAGGAGCGGCCGGACCCCAGCUCAUUCGGUAUGGUCACCGACGCAGAGGGGGCCCUGAAGGGAGGAGGGGUCACCAUGUUCUACGAGGAUAGCCUGGGGCUCUACCCCUACUUUGACUCCCAGAACAGGGCCGUGGCCGGGGGGUUGCCCCAGCAGACAAACCUGGAAAUGCACCUCCUCAAGUUGGAGGCCGACAUCCUCUCAGCCAUCCCCGCGCUGGAGUACCGCGGGCUGGCCGUCAUCAGAUGGGAGGAGUGGUGGCCCCAGUGGAGCCGCAACCGGGCCAAGAAGGAGAUCUACCAGGAGCAGUCGCGUGGCCUCCUGCAGCAGUUCUUCCCAGACUGGUCCCGGGCCGAGCUGGACCAGUGGGCCCAGGUGGAUUUCGAGGCGGCCGCCCAGGCAGUUCUGCUCGAGACCCUGCAGAACGCCCGCACGCUCAGACCCGACGGGCUCUGGGGGUUCCACCCGUACCCCGACUGCCACAACUCCCCCAGCCACACCGGCCGCUGCCCCGCCACAGAGAUGGCCCUGAACGACGAGCUGCUGUGGCUCUGGAAGAAGAGCUCGGCGCUCUACCCCUCCCUGCAGCUGGACAAGGCGCUGAGCGGCACGGAGGGGACACGGCUCUACACCUCCAAUCAGAUCAGGGAGGCCCUGCGCGUGGGGGCGCUGGCCGGGGGCGCCCACGACCUGCCCGUCUUCCCGUUUGUCAGGAGCGUCUACACCGCCACCAACUCCUUCCUGUCACAGGCAGACCUUGUGUACUCCGUUGGGGAGAGCGCGGCUAUGGGAGCAGCCGGAAUCGUGAUUUGGGAAAAGUUCUUCCCGACCAAAAACCAGAGAGGAUGCUGGGAGCUGGCGGACUUCGUCAGGCGGACGCUGGGCCCGUACGUGGUGAACGUGACGACAGCAGCGCGGCUCUGUGGAGAGGCUCUGUGUGGCAGCAGGGGGCGCUGUGUGCGGAAAGACCUUGCAAAGCCUGUCUACCUGCACCUGCCCCCCGCCAGCUACCAGCUGCUGCCCGACACCAACAUGAGCAGAGGAGGGGGGGUGACCGCCCAGGGCCAGCUGCAGCCCGGAGACCUGGAGGUCUGGAGAGAGAGAUUCGAGUGCCAGUGGUUCCAGGGGAUGGAAGAGGGGCCGCCAGCUGACGACGGGGUGGUGGUCAAAACAGGGGUCAAUACAGGGGUCAAAACAGAGGUCAACAGAGGGGUCGGCACAGGGGUAAAGGCAAAACCCACCCCUGCCAGCAACUCUCCAGACAGCAUUAAGAUGCCUGCUGUGCUGAUCACCUCCCUGACUGUCAUCGCCACGCACUGGCUCCGGGAAACCUCUUCAGUUAAUUAACCGUGUCUAUUUUCUUUUCAUUCUUUAUUUAUUGAUGUAUUUAUUUAUUUGAAGUUUUCUGAGCCAGCCCCGCUGAGACGCAGCCUCUCUUUUGCAGGAGGGUCCCGAUACACUCAGGGGGAGGUAAGAUAUUUGGCUUGAUCCGUGGUACAGCAGAAUGGAGUGACCCACCAUGAGAAUGAGCAUGCAUACUGAAGACCUCUUCUCUCCCAUGUGCGUUAUCCUGCUCAAAGAGCUGCUGCAGUAAAGUGGUAGAGCCCACUGUCUGAUCCUCUGAAGGCAGAUGAAGGCUCUCUAAAACACAUGUGGUUCUGCUGCUGUGGUGGGUUUCACAAGAUUGAUUGUAACUUGGUGCUGAAGUGUAGAAAUGAAGGGAGCUGGGAGUCUGGCACGGGAAUGAAGCUCCAGCUACUUCAUCAUCAUCAUCAUCAUCAUCAUCAUACUAUGCAUUCUUUUGCAUUAGCUUUAAGAGUGCUUUGAUAGAGGUGCUUCAGAACCAAAUGAAUGGCACACGCUGUAGCUCUUUGCUUUAGAACAAAUGCUGUUCAAGAAUCAUAAAUACGGUUUGUGAAGGAAACACUACAGCACUUAGAGGAAUAUUUUCAAAGCAUUACUUUCAGUCCUAAGUUAACCCCUAUUUUUCUGGGUUCAUUUAUGAGAGCAAUCUACAUUGAUGUUACCAAGCUGAGAAACAAGUUGAUCAUGCUCAAGAGACCUAUAUCAGCUAUGAUAACUAUAUUACUAACUAUGCUAACUAUAUUACUUAGUUGUUUGGUUCUACUUUAAAAAAAAAAAAAAGAGCUAAUUAAAUAUUUCUCUGAGUGCCUUAUUGUUUCCUUAAAGUAUUUGGUCUGAAUCUCGCUUUCAUUCUCUAGUUUUACUACAUUGUUUUUAAUUACUAUUGGUCAGCACUGUAUGGUGACUAUAAUUCGAUCAGUAUUGCUUGCCAGCAAUAACACUGAGAUUUGUCAGAAGUUCCUGUAGCUGUAUUUUUAAUACACCCUCUUCAGUCUGGUAUCACCAACUAUCUCCACAAUUUCAGGUCUAUAAGCAACAAGCUUCGGUCCUUAACUUACAGGGCUUGGGCAACAGAUGAGAGACACCCGCCAUAACACUGUCAAUAGGCUGUAGGGCAGCGUGGGCUGCACACAUGCCAUGUGAAAGUCCACACACGACCGUUAUUCAAUGAUUGCCUAAUUCAUUCAAGGAAGUUGGCUGAACUGGCUCAACAAAGGAAAUCCCAUUCCAGUGCAGUAAAAUAAAGUCCAGCCCUUGUGUCUCCCUCCUCAGUGAAUGGAAGUGCAGUAAACAGGCACGCCUGUUUUACAUACUUGUCGUGUAUCCAGUAGGAACCAGUCAGACUUUCUUCCAUUUCCCAGCUCUUGCUGCUCCCCAGCUCACCAUGCAUUUUCAGAAAGGAUAAAUUAACCUGUGAUGACCUGAAGCUGCUUGUAUUAAGCAUACAGAACAAGGCAGACUCACAGACAGACAGACAGACAUAGCAAAAAAAAAAUUAUUUAUUCACAUAUUUUCAGAAUUAGACCUUAAAAAGUUUAAAAAGUUUAAAAAAAAAAAAAAACACCUCUACGCACGCGAGAUAGUUAAAGAGAGGCUGGCUUAGUGGUUAAAGCUCAGGGUACUGGGAGGCAGUGUGGCAAAGUGGAUCAACCUGAGAGGCGUGGAGCCAGUGUUGCCUUCUGGUGAGAGAACUGGGAGGCAGUGUUUGCUGUGUAAACCUGUAGUACUGUAUAUUGAAGCUUUAUCAGAGUUACCCAUUCAGAAAUCACAGCUAGGCUUCUGAAAUACGCGUGUGUCUCAGGUGAAAUCUUUGGUACCAGAAAACAGGUUAAAUGGCAGGCAAGUCCAUGUUGGGUAUGGAUACCUAGUUUAUCAUGACAUGUUAUAUAUACAUUUUAUCAACAUUCCUGCAUGGUGAUUGGUUUCAACAUCACCUGUGUUUACAAAAGCACAACACAAACACAUCUACCUCUGAUGACAUCACCACAUGCGGUACUUCACUCGGACAAAAAAGUCAUUCCUAUAUUUCUCUUAUUUUGAUAACAAGUGAUAACAAUGGGAGCAUUGUCUGAAGGUGAACUCCCUUAUAAAAGACUUUCUUUCAAAUAAAAAUGAUUAUUUCUCUUGACGUCUCUCGUAGCUUUCAAAGCGGUGACAGCCAGUGAGACUGAAUAUAUUGGCUCAGAAAAACAAAACAUUUUCAGCUAGAUCUUAUAUUAUCUCUUUUCUUUCUUAUUUUGCUGUAAUAAUAUUUCAAAGUAUUUAAUAAAUGUAAAUUUGCUCCGUUGAGAAGUUUUCAUCCUUUAAUUUAAAAAAAAAAAGGUCUCUGGCAAAUCCUUUGUUCUUUUUCAUUGGAUCGUAGAAUGAAUAUGCUAGAAAGUCAAA